UUGACAACAUCACCGCUAGUGUGCAGCGGCUGCAAAACAUGACUAGAAGCCGGGAUCCGUGUGCGAGCUCGUCAGGGGCGCGCGUUACCUUGGCAACCUCCGGUGACUCCAGGCAUCCGGCGGACUGCAUAGUAGAUGGGGAUCCAGAAACAUUUUGGGUCACAACUGGGAUGUUCCCCCAGGAAUUUAUCAUUAGCCUGAGCAGCCCACAGAGAAUCAACAGUAUUACCCUGCAAAGCUUCCUGGUACAAUCCUUAAGAAUUGAAAAAAGCAUCUCUAAAGAGCCAGUGGAUUUUGAGUGUUUUGUGGAAAAGGAUCUGGAGCCUGCAGAAGGACAUUUGCAGAAUGAGGAAUUUCCUCUCAAUGGGAUGCAGGUUGCCCAUUUGCGCUUUGUGAUCCUGUCUGGAUAUGAUCAUUUUGUGGCUGUGCGCAGUGUGUCCGCAGAGGCAGGAGUGUAACCAUCUGAGUAUUCGUAUGGCUUUUUUAUGUCCCAUACUGAAGUGUUCAGUGUCUGCACCAUUGUUAGCAGACUGCUGUAAAAGUGCAAGAUGAGGUUCCACUGUGUUUGUGUAUAUUACCUGUAUUUAUAGACUUUCUAAUAAAAACCAAAAUCAUAUCAUAAA